AUGUUUUGGACCGCUGUGUCUCCUCUAAAACAAAAUAUAUCACAGUUUGGAAACCCUAUCAUUGCGACAUAAAGCGGUUGAUGCUGAAGUUCCCGCUGUAGCUGCGGGGAAAUAUGCAAACUGAGCCCUUCUGAAGCGACUCCGUCCUGCCCACGAGUGGGUGGAACCUAGCGGGGAGAGGAGGGCUGCUUCUGUCGGCAUGCAGUCAUUGUUUAGCCCCGCGGAUAAACGCACCAUCCAGGCUGCGGAGGACCUUAAAUAUCCCUCUGAAAUUAUAAAGAUGUCUCGAGAGCAGCAGGCGGUGGCUCGGGCCAGGAAAGCCUUCGAAACAGGACGGCCCAGAUCUCUGGAGUACCGGAUCCUCCAGCUGAAGAACCUGCAGCGGUUAUUUUUAGAAAAGCAAAAAGAGAUCUCAGAUGCCAGCAAGAAAGAUCUCAAUAAAAGCGAAGUGGGGACACAGCUGUUCGAAACUCUGGGUCUGGAGGGGGAGAUCAGCCUGGCCAUCCAGAAGCUAAAGGAAUGGGCAGCCCCCCGUCCUGUAGAGAAGAACCUGCUGACCCUCUCUGACACGGUUUACAUCCAACCUGAGCCACUGGGGGUGGUGCUAAUUAUCGGGGCCUGGAACUACCCGUGGGCAGUCACUAUUCAGCCACUCAUUGGAGCAAUCGCAGCAGGUAACGCAGCUGUGGUGAAGCCGUCAGAAGUCUGUGUUCACACUGCAAAAGUCAUGGAGGAUCUCUUGCCACUUUAUCUCGACAAGGAGCUUUAUCCUGUAGUGACGGGAGGAGUUCCAGAGACCCAGGAGCUGCUGCGGCAGAGAUUCGAUCACAUCUUCUACACCGGCAACAGUAUGGUGGGCAAAGUGAUCAUGGAAGCCGCUGCCAAACACCUAACACCCGUCACCCUGGAGCUGGGCGGCAAGAGCCCCUGCUACAUCGACAAGAACUGUGACAUUAGCAUAGCCUGCAGACGGAUCACCUGGGGAAAGUACACAAACUGUGGUCAGACCUGCAUCGCCCCAGACUACAUCCUCUGUGAGCCCAGCAUUCAAGACCGGGUCAUCGAGGAGGUCAAGAAGUCCAUUAAGGAUUUCUACACGGACAAUCCAAAGACCUGCCCUGAUUAUGGCCGCAUCAUCAACCAGCGCCACUUUAAGAGGAUCAUGGGUCUGUUGAAGGACAGCACAGUGGCUGCAGGAGGAGACAACGAUGAGUCAAACUGCUUCAUUGGUCCCAUUGUUCUGCGGGACGUGAAGCCCGAGGCCGCUGUGAUGCAGGAGGAGAUUUUUGGACCUCUGCUUCCCAUCCUUCCUGUCAGUGGCCUGGACGAGGCCAUAAAGUUCAUCAACAAGGGAGAAAAACCUCUGGCUCUGUAUGUUUUCUCUGCAGAUGAGAAGGUGAUCAAUAGAAUGAGAGAUGAGACGUCCAGUGGAGGAUUCCUGGCCAACGAUUGUCUGGUUCAUUUUUCUGUCAACUCGCUGCCAUUUGGUGGAGUGGGGAACAGCGGCAUGGGCCGCUACCACGGCAAGUACAGCUUCGACCAGCUGAGCCAUCUGCGUAGUUGUCUCAUCAAAAAGCUGAAAAUGGAGGGAGUGAACAACAUGCGCUACCCGCCCCACACACCCAAGAAACUGGGCUGGGCCCGCUUCUUCAUCCUGAAGACCUUUGACCUUGGCUGGGUGGGGAGGAUGCUUCUCCUGGCCUUGCUGGCCGUUGUGGCGGCUGUUCUGCUUCAGAAAUGUUUCCGCUGAGAACAUCCUUCCCUCUUCAAGAGAAACGUCUAGUAUAUUGCUGUCUUCCUUUGUUGCCUGAAAAGGAAAAAAGAUCAAAGUAAAUAUAAAACAAAUCAUAAGUCCAAUCAGCAUCUUCAAUAAUAUGUAGGGCAUGCUUGACUGCUGCCUUAAAUCCAUUCACCAUUUCAUUAACAAUGAUAGAAGUGUCGUUGAACUCGGUGUUGGAGGAAACUGAGUUUGUUUAUUCUCAUUUAUCUACGUUUGUAUUCAAUACGUUUUUUAUUAACCUGUCAGAGGUUUGCACACUUUGAAGGAUUUUAAGGCAUAUAAAAUGAAGGAAGCAGUACCUAAAUAGACUGAUUCACUGUGGGACACACAGUAGAAAGAAGAAUUAAUGUUAAUAUUGUUUGUCCUUGGGUUUGGUUUCUGAAUCAAACAGAAUCACAUGAAGGAUAUUUUUACUUGGAUACAAUAAAUAUGAACAGAAGUUAAACAUUUCCUUUAUUAACAUUUCAAGAUCUUGUAAUUAAUAAUCAAACAAUAACCAAGUCUGUUUUAAUUAAUAUUAAAUAUAUUUCUACUUGUU